AUGGCAUCCCAUAGUGUGCUCACAAUUGAUAGCAGCAAGUUCGGCACGGCGGCAAUAUCAGAAGAGACGCAUGCCUUCAACCAGAAAAUGGUGGAACUCAUGGCAAAUGCGCCUAGAUGGUACGAGGUGGGCGCCACAAGGUUCCGCGAGAUGCGGGCUGCGGGCGAGACUCCGAUGCCCAAGCCCGUGCUACUAGAUACUGCAGAGUCAUUUGCCAUUCCCUCCAGGGAUGCCGGACGAAUGAUCCCAUGUCGGAUAUUGAAACCCCAGAACGGGACGACCGCCAAAGCCAUCUUUCUACACAUGCACGGGGGAGGAUGGUGUUUCCAGGACGAGAAAUCCCAGGACACGCCUUUGCAGAACAUCGCCAACAGCACUGGAACCAUGAUGCUCUCCGUCGGAUACCGGUUAGCUCCAGAGAAUCCAUUCCCUGCUGGUCCGAACGACUGUUACGACGUUGCAGAAUGGCUUGUCGACAACGCCGAGGCCGAAUUCGGCCUUCCGUUGGCUUUUGUUGGCGGUGAAUCCGCCGGCGCCCACCUCAGCAUACUGGUGCCGCUACACUUGUUGCAGCAUUCAAAUCCCAAAUACGCCGACUUCCGCUUUCGAGGGCUCUUGCUGCACUUCGGUUGCUAUUCCCUCAUCUGGACGCCCAGCGUAUACAACUUUCAGAAACCCCAGCUGCUGAUAUUGGACCGCGACUUGAUGCAUCACUUUGCCGAAGCCUUCUGUCCCGGCAUGUCGGAGGAUCAAAAGAGACAUCCUUCGGUGAGCCCUCUAUACACGGAUCUGGAAGCUUUACGUGGCAAACUACCCCCGGCACUGUUCACCUGUGGGACGGAGGAUUGCCUGUUAGAUGAUACCGUGUUCAUGAGCACAAAGUGGCUGAUGGCCGGCGGCGAGGCGAUUGUCAAGAUCGUCCCCGGCGCUCCGCACGGCUUCAUAUUCUUCCCACGCAGCAUGAAAGAGAGCGGGUCGGACGAUGGGAUGAACGCCGUCGAAGACUUUAUGAGAUCAAAGCUCAGGGCCUAA